CAGCCGGGCUCGCGGGCGGCAGCCGGCUCCGGCCCCGGCCCCUGCCCCUCGGCCUCGAGCCCCCGGAGGGGAGUCUGGAGCCCGCGCCGUCGCCGUCGCCAGCCGCGUCCUCCGGGCAUGGAAGGCGGCGGCAAGCCCAAGUCCGCGUCCAACAGCCGCGACGAUGGCAACAGCGUCUUCCCCUCCAAGGCGCCCGCGACGGGGCCGGCCGUGGCCGACAAGCGCCUGGGGACCCCGCCGGGGAGCGGCGCGGCGGGCAAGGAGCACGGCAACUCCGUGUGCUUCAAGGUGGACGGCGGAGGCGGCGAGGAGCCGGCCGGCAGCUUCGAGGAUUCGGAGGGACCCCGGCGGCAGUAUGGAUUCAUGCAGAGGCAGUUCACCUCCAUGCUGCAGCCCGGGGUCAACAAAUUUUCCCUCCGCAUGUUCGGCAGCCAGAAGGCGGUGGAGAAGGAGCAGGAAAGGGUUAAAACUGCAGGCUUCUGGAUUAUCCACCCGUACAGUGACUUCAGGUUUUAUUGGGAUUUAAUAAUGCUUAUAAUGAUGGUUGGAAAUUUGGUCAUCAUACCAGUUGGAAUCACAUUCUUUACAGAACAAACAACAACACCAUGGAUUAUUUUCAAUGUGGCAUCAGAUACCGUUUUCCUAUUGGACCUAAUCAUGAAUUUUAGGACUGGGACUGUCAAUGAAGACAGCUCUGAAAUCAUCCUGGACCCUAAAGUAAUCAAGAUGAAUUAUUUAAAAAGCUGGUUUGUGGUUGACUUCAUCUCAUCAAUCCCAGUGGAUUAUAUCUUUCUUAUUGUAGAGAAAGGAAUGGAUUCAGAAGUUUACAAGACAGCCAGAGCCCUUCGCAUUGUGAGAUUUACAAAAAUUCUCAGUCUCUUGCGUUUAUUACGCCUUUCAAGGUUAAUUAGAUACAUACAUCAGUGGGAAGAGAUAUUCCACAUGACAUAUGACCUCGCCAGUGCCGUGGUGAGAAUCUUCAACCUCAUUGGCAUGAUGCUACUCCUGUGUCAUUGGGAUGGCUGUCUUCAGUUCCUGGUCCCCCUGCUUCAGGACUUCCCACCAGAUUGCUGGGUUUCCCUAAAUGAAAUGGUUAACGACUCUUGGGGAAAGCAAUAUUCCUACGCACUCUUCAAGGCUAUGAGUCACAUGCUGUGCAUUGGCUAUGGUGCCCAAGCGCCCGUCAGCAUGUCCGACCUCUGGAUUACCAUGCUAAGCAUGAUUGUCGGGGCCACCUGCUAUGCUAUGUUUGUUGGCCACGCCACAGCUCUGAUUCAGUCUUUGGACUCUUCAAGGAGGCAGUAUCAAGAAAAGUAUAAGCAAGUGGAACAAUACAUGUCAUUCCAUAAGUUGCCAGCUGACAUGCGCCAGAAGAUACAUGACUACUAUGAACACCGAUACCAAGGCAAGAUCUUUGAUGAGGAAAAUAUUCUCAAUGAACUUAAUGAUCCCCUGAGAGAGGAAAUAGUCAACUUCAACUGCCGGAAACUGGUGGCUACGAUGCCUCUUUUUGCUAACGCGGAUCCCAAUUUUGUGACGGCCAUGCUGAGCAAGCUGAGAUUUGAGGUGUUCCAGCCUGGAGACUAUAUCAUUCGAGAAGGUGCUGUGGGGAAGAAAAUGUAUUUCAUCCAGCAUGGCGUUGCUGGUGUCAUCACCAAGUCCAGUAAAGAAAUGAAGCUGACAGAUGGCUCUUACUUCGGAGAAAUUUGCCUGCUGACCAAGGGCCGGCGCACCGCCAGUGUCCGAGCUGAUACAUACUGUCGUCUUUACUCCCUUUCGGUGGACAAUUUCAAUGAAGUCUUGGAGGAAUACCCAAUGAUGAGAAGAGCUUUUGAGACCGUUGCUAUUGACCGACUCGACCGGAUAGGCAAGAAAAACUCCAUUCUCCUUCAGAAGUUUCAGAAGGAUCUGAACACUGGUGUGUUCAACAAUCAGGAGAAUGAGAUCCUCAAGCAAAUUGUGAAGCACGACAGAGAGAUGGUUCAAGCGAUCCCUCCAAUCAACUACCCUCAAAUGACAGCCCUGAAUUGCACAUCAUCAACCACCACCCCAACCUCCCGCAUGAGGACACAAUCUCCACCAGUCUAUACGGCGACCAGCUUGUCUCACAGCAACCUCCACUCACCCAGUCCCAGCACACAGACACCCCAACCCUCAGCCAUCCUCUCACCCUGCUCCUAUACCACAGCAGUCUGCAGUCCUCCUGUACAGAGCCCCCUGGCCACACGAACUUUCCACUAUGCCUCCCCCACUGCUUCGCAGCUGUCACUCAUGCAGCAGCUACCGCAGUCCCAGGCACCCCAGACUCAGCAACAGCAGCAGCAACAGCAACAGCAACAGCAGCAGCAGCAGCAGCAGCAGCAGCAGCAGCAGCAGCAACAGCAACAACAGCCACAGACACCUGGUAGCUCCACACCGAAAAACGAAGUGCACAAGAGCACGCAAGCGCUUCAUAACACCAACCUGACCAGAGAAGUCAGGCCCCUCUCGGCUUCGCAGCCCUCGCUGCCCCAUGAGGUGCCCGCUAUGAUCUCCAGACCUCAUCCCACUGUGGGCGAGUCACUGGCCUCCAUCCCUCAACCUGUGGCAGCUGUCCACAGCACGGGCCUUCAGGCGGGGGGCAGGAGCACAGUGCCACAGCGUGUCACCUUGUUCCGACAGAUGUCCUCGGGAGCCAUCCCCCCCAACCGAGGAGUGCCUCCAGCACCCCCACCACCAGCAGCUGUGCAGAGAGAAUCUCCCUCAGUCUUAAACACAGACCCAGAUGCAGAAAAACCGCGUUUUGCUUCAAAUUUAUGAUCCUUGCUGAUUGUCAAAGCAGAAAAUAAAUACUCUAAUAAACAGAAUAUUCUCAGAUAUUAUUUUAAUCUAUCUGGUGAUAGAUCCCUAUAGCCUACUCUGAAAAGAUAUUUUAGACAGCUCUGGCCUACAUGCAAAUGUAAAAACAUAUAUACAUAUAUAAUUAAAUAAAUAUACAUAUCUCUAUAUAUAAAUGCCCAGAAGAAGUUCAAAAGACUUGUAUAGCAUUCAGUGUUACAUGUCUUCCUUUCUUUAAAACCAUUAAAGGAUUUAACACAUUGUUGUAAGAUCAUUGAUUUCUAACCCACUUUUACUUAAUUCCUUUGAUAUAUGUAUUUCUCUCUUUUAUGAAGAGUCCUGGGGGGGGGGGGUCAAUGGCAUCAAAACUCAGAUUUUAAAAAGGCAACUCCAAUUAGUUCCAGAAGAGCACCAAUCAAAGCUUUCCUUCAUUAGCUGUGCCUCUGUAUCUAGAUUGCUAAUUAUGUGGGAUGAAAUAACCCAAUCCCAGUUUAUAGCUCUAAAUUGUAUUUCGGUGCUUUAAAUUUUGAGUUAGGUGAAGGAACACACUACGUGCUCAGCCACCAUAGGAGACUAACAUCGCCACUACUAAGGCUUUCUCUAACCUCAAGCAUGUUCAUUGAUUUGGUAGGAAGGUGAGGAGAUAUUUGUCUUCGUGUGUGAUUGGACUUCUACCGAGACUCUGUCGAUGUUAGUUGUAAAUAACUUUUCCAGCCCAAAUAAAAGUAACUCUUCUGUGUUGUAUAAAGGUAAAAGUCACUGUUUAAGAAUUCAGUUUUAUGGCUUCACUUCAAAAGUUAAGAGUUUUAAAUUUCACAAAAUCUAAUAAUUGUGACAAUUGUUCAACUGUAAUGCAAUGGCUUCAGACCUACAAUAUUAUUUUAACCUGCAAUAUUUUAUGCAAAAUUGUAUGCUUGAAUCUACAAAUUGCUUGUAUUACACCAAAAAAUUAUUACUUUUCUUCCUUAUUGACAUAAUCAAGCAUCUGAAACUAGUCCUGGCAUGCUUUUUGGGGCAAAAAAAAAAAAAAAGUAGAUUCUAAUCAGUCAUUGUAAGAAAAGGCUUACAGUAUUUCUCACUUCUAGAAGAUAUAACAAUUCAUUUAUUGCCUCUUUUAGAAUUCUUAAAAGGGUGACUUGGAUCUCUGACUAAAAUCUAGAAGUGAGGUUUUCACUUUAAUUUAAUAUUAUCGCUGUUAUUAUCAUUUAAACAGUUAUUUGCGAACCACAGCUUGGUUUGGAGUUAAAUGUGUUCUGUGUCUUCAUGUUAGUUGGUAGUUUAUUGUGAUGUUAAUGUGAAGAAAUAAAUAUAAUAAUCAUCACAUCUGUUUGGAAAUGCACAUUUGCCCAAUGUAUAUUGUAGCUAAGCAGUUAGUAAAUCUUAAGGCAUGUGGUAACCAACAUAGUCCUUAGAUAGACCGGAGGUUUGUUCUUUUAAAUGUGCUGAAAGUAGGGUGGACGUGGUGACAGGAAGCAGGGGUGAAGUUGAGCUGUCUGUAAGCAUUGUUUGUUUGUUCUUUUGUUUCCUUAAUUCUUUCUGUGAGCAUCAGCCUCUUAGAGAUCAUGUGUGCUUAUGGCAUCCCACACAUGUGGUUGAAUGGAACACAAUGGGAAGAUUCCUCAUGUUUGACUUCUGUAAAUAACUCAAGAGAGUGACCUGACGUGGAGGUCUUUAGUAGCACGAGCACGGAUGAUCCACUUAAGAACAUUAAACACAUUCUGUUGGGACAGGGCCUCUAGAUAGACUUAAGGACAGAAAACAAAACAGAAGCAAAGUGAAUCCAUGCUGCCUGUUAUGCCUUUUAUGGAUCUAACACCUAUGAAACCAAAAAGAAUUGCUAUGCUUAAUUGCUAACAGAUCCUAAUUUGUGUGGAAACAAUCAACAAUGCUAGGCAAUAUGAUGUUAUUUAUUACUGACAUGCUGGUGACUAACGACAGCCUGUUGGGAAUGGUGUAAGAGAGAGCUCAUUCGGCCUACCUAGAAUCUAUGAGAAAGUGGCAAGACUAUUUACAUAUCAGUAUGAAAAACUCUUUAAUUUUUUAUUAAAAUAUAAAAAUUAGCUUCAAUUUAUUAAGAUCAUGCGCUAGUCCUUUACAUUAUUAAAGGUUUACAUUUGACAGGAUUAAUGGGUUUGGUAGUAAAAUAUUUUUUAUAUAUAAAAUUUUUUGAGCACUAUUGGGAAACAUCAGCAAAAUUGAAUUGCAUGAUCAUUCAGUGCAACCAUAACAUUUUUAUUCACUUUGUACUAGAAUGGACAAAGAACCCUAAGGUUUAUAUGUUAAACUAACAAAAUGGUACAGGGUAAAUUAUAUACACAUAUGUAUGAAUGUACAUAUAUAUAUUUAGAUUAAGGAGGAAAGUGACUCAUAUUACUGUAAUAUAAAGGUACAGUGCUAGGUGAACAUGACCUUUUUUCUCUGUACAUAGUUAAGCUCAAGGAUGGAGUUUUAAUCUGUACAGAAAGAACUGUAUUAUUGAUCUUUUGCUGCUGAGAAGAUAAGAAUAUAGCUGAUCCUUGCCACUGUACAACCAGGGAAGAGUUAGAGUAUGUCUUUUGUCUUUGCUCAAAGCCAUACAUAUAAAUAUAUAUAAAGAUUAUUAAUAAAUCCAACAGAAAAUAAACUAAAAUUAUGAAUAUUUUAUUUUAUUGUUGAACUCUAAUCCAACGUUUUGCUUUGUUGAUGACUAUAGAUUUGCUUGUUUGUCUGUCUUUGUAUAAUUUCCAAAAAGAUUUAUUCUUGAAAAUCAUCAUACAAUUCUUAUAGAUAUCCUAUAAAUACAGAAUGAAAAUAAUUUAAAUAGACAUGGAUUUCCCAGUCAUCCCUUUGUUUUACCUUUCCCAUACAGUAAAAAUUUAUUUUAUUCUUUACUCUAUGCCUCUUUAAUAUGUGGUGUUUGUCCAGUUUCAAAUCACAGCCAUGUUUAUAUCAUUGGAUAGAGGAUGAUUUUUAAUCUAUGUACAUGUCCUGUUGUCUUUGGGAUUUUCAAAUGCCUCCGAUGAGGUUGAUCACAAUGAGGAUAAAUAGCAGAGCACUCUUAAACACAAUGAGGAUAAAAUAGUGUUUUGCAAUUUACUGUCAUCCUGUAACACAUAGCCUGCCUCCAGGUCUCCGUGACCUCUCCAUAAGGAGUGAUUACCAAGUGAAUGCCAUUCCACUUUGAAAAGCUGCUUAUUCUACCAUUUACAGACUUAAAUGAACAUGGUAUUUUCAGGACACUGCAAAGGAAACAACUGAGUUAUUCUAAUAAUUCCUAAAGGACAUAAACAAUUUACACAAUAUGAUGAGUUUAAACUUUUAGACAUAUUAUAUUAAAGCUAGAAUUACUUACUUUUCAAAGCACAAAUCAUUUCUAAUAGUCUGUCAGGAUUAUUGUGUAAAAAUAUCUCCAUUGAUUCUUAAUUGACUUACAGCUUUUAUUUUACAAUUUUGCUCUAAUUGCUCUUUUGGACCUUCCUUUCCCUAUUUUUAUGAUAUUAAACUACAUGACCCAGGUGUCUCUCACUUCUAUCUCCAGCACUCUAGAGUAUGUGUGAGACAGUGCAAGUGUGGGAUAAGUUGUUGUCACUGUGGUUAUUUACAUUCACUAACCCUAACAAAGAUUUACUAUAUGUUAGGGCAGUCCACCUAAAAGCAUAUCAGUCUGUGCCAUGAGAAAAAUUUAUUCCUGGAAUAUAAUCAGGUACUGAGCUACACUGAAUCUUGAGUAGUCAAAAAAUUAUCAUGAAAUAAUGCCUUUGGAUAUGUGGACCAAAUUAUUCCUCAGUUCUUUUAACUUGGUUCAAAAUAUUUUCAAAAUCAUGUUGGAGAUUUUUCGUGCAAAGAUUUUUUUUUAUUGAUUUUAUGGUUAUUUAUACUUGCUAUGGUCCCUUGACAAUAGUGACUUUCUAAAGCAACUUAAUUUCAAUUUUAACAACACAUUUGUAUUAUUGCAUGUUUUUUUUAAAAAGGAAAAUGAUUGAGCUGAUCAUAAAGGGCAACCUUAUUCUUAAAAGUAAUGCAUGAACUCUUAAAAAAAAAACAACUUUGCCUAACUUCAGGAAAGAUUCAGAUUCACACCAAGCCAGUCUUUCACCUUUCAAUUUGAAGUUUUAAGUAACAGCCAUAUUGUGUAUUGCUUUCCUUCACUGGGGCCACUGACAUCUUCAUGGAUGGGUCGUUUUGGCCUUGGUCACAUUCUUAGCUUAAAGGUAUAAGAAGCAUAAACUUCCCCAUGUAGGAACAACUAUCCUGAUGGAGUAACAAAUCCACCACCGUAAAAGAUCCCUCAUUGGACUCAAGGACAUGUCUGUGAUUUUUGAAUACCUGAUUGCUUUACACUUUGGGCAGUUCUCACUGUGAAAUGCCCUUUCUACCUUUGCUUCAUACUGAAACAAUCUCUCUCUGACAUGAGGUGAUGAGGAAUGGAGAUAAUUUUCCAAGCAAAUCUGGAAUAAUGGUGAUAUGAGUGACAUAUUAGUUCCAUGUAUAAUUUUUGAUGUCCCAGAUAACAAAAACAAGACAAAUGAUGUUUUUUAUAAAAUUAAAAUCAAUGUGAUAAUCACGACCUAAGACAGGACCCGACCCCACUCUUACAUGACCAUGCCUCUCUUAUCUCACCAUAAUCCUACCCCUGUUUCCUCAGCCAAGGGUGGUUGAGUAGUGGCAAUGAAGACUUGAUUUUGUUGAAAGAAGACUUGCCAACACUUGCCCCAUCGUGAGACUUGUUUAAAGACAAUAUCAAAAGAAAAUGUAUGCAAGUCUAUGAAUUUAUUUUUAAGAUACUUGGUGUAGAGAGAAUGACAAUAGAAAGAAUAUAUUCUGAAGAAAGCAUCUUCAUGUAAUGAUAAAUGAAACUUGCUUCUAAAAUGUGAACGUUUAAUGAAACACUGGUCAUUGGCAAUAGCCACAUCUCGCUGAAGCUGGAGUGUGUCAUAGAUUAGAGAAAACAAAUUUGAAAUGGUAAAGUUGGAUUUAAAUCCUUUUAAAAAGUCAUUUUUAUUUUCAGGCCAAAGGUUUUAUAAUUUUAUACUUUAAUCUUAAUUUUGCAGAGAAAUCAAAGGGUACAUGGUGAAAUGCAUGUUUUGCUAAUGUGAAAAGAAAUAAAAUUCAAUUUGUGACAGAGCAACAACUAAGGCUAUUUGUUACCUCACACUACUUGUGAGGCUGCUGGGUCUGAAGGAAGACCUCGUGUUUGCCAAGGAGUGGGGAUAAGUUUGGGAAACCAAAAAUUUACCAGAUUUGCAUAUCAAAACAGUACAGGGUGAAGGGUGAGGGCAUGAAGAACCAUGAAAAUGAGUUAGACUAUUGAACAGGGAAAUGUUUGGGAUUCAAAUAAGCUAGUUUCCCAGAACUGACUGGUGGUACCCUGUUCCACAAACUGAGAAAUAUAGACAUUCCUUGGAGAUAUUUUAUUCCUAGUGUAGUAUAAAUCACCAUUCAACUCAAUAAGAACUAGCUCUUUAUUAUCCUGUAAUUAAAAUUAUUUUUUAAUAUUUGAAUAGACAGUGCUAUUGAUUCAGUAGACACAACUGCAAAAAUCAGUGUACACAGUAAUUCUCCAAAAGUAAGGGUCAUUUAUCUAUUUUUAGAUUUAUUAGAAUGACUUAGAGUUACUUAUAUUUCUUAAGCAGAAAUAACAGACUUUUGCCAUAACAGAUGUUAAAUUUUAUCAGAUUAAGCAUAGGAAAGAAAAUUCAGAUUUAUAGAGGCAAACAUAUUUUCCUAAAACAUAUUUUAGUUUCCAUUUAAAUUGUGGCAAACCACUCAGAAACGGAAGACACAAUUUUGAAGGAAGUAAUCAUAUAACUCAAUUUACCCGAUGUAUAGUGUCAUUUUAUUUUGGUUAUUUAUGUGGUGAAGACCUUUGUUUCUCAGUAUUUAAAAAUAAAAAUUGCUUGCCUAACUUAUUUAAGAUUUACUGUGAAGGUCUUACACAAAAUUCUAUUGACAGCAAGCAGUUCUGAAUGCCUGAAAGUAUGAUAUGCUCAUAUUUAGCAUGAAGUAUUGAACUUGAGUAAUAUUAAAUAGCAUUUCAUAAACAAAAUAGUUGCAUAGACAAAGUAGCAUAUGUCUUCCAUAUAUUUUUAUUACAAAGAUCCAAAGAAUAUUAACCAUAUUUGGCCACAGACAAAAGUAUGGAAACGUGAAAGUGAUAGUGUUCCUCAGAGUAAUCACCAUAAAAUGCUGGACAUAUCCCCGCACAACAUAAUAAAUCAAAACCUUUUUUGACCUCCCAAUCAAGAGCAGCAUUCAGGGUCAGUGCCAAGUUAAUAUGAAUAUUCAAAAUAAUAAUUUAUCUCUACUUUGCAACAGCAAUCUCAUUUUGUGAGUUAGCCAAAAUUAAUCUCAAGCCAUAGUUUCUCAAUCUGAUAGAUGAUCAGGUUAGCACCACUGUUUAUGAUAAAAAGCAAAUUGUGGUUCAUUUUGUGUGUAGGUCAUAACUAUCCCUGAAUGUCUAGAGAUGAUUGCUGUGGGAUGUUCUGUAUGGCAAAUGUGUUGCUCUGAUUGGUCAAUAAAUAAGACAAUGAUUGGCCAGUGACUAGGCAGGAAGUAUAGGCAGGACUAACAGAGAGGAGAAAAGAAAGAACAGGAAGGCAGAAGGAGUCACUGCCAGCCGCUGUGAUGACAAACAGCAUGUGAAGAUGCCGGUAAGCCAUGAGCCACGUGGCACGGUAUAGAUUUAUAGAAAUGGAUUAAUUUAAGCUGUAAGAACAGUUAGCAAGAAUUCUGGUAUGGCCAUACAGUUUGUAAGCAAUAUAAGUCUCUGUGUUUAUUUGGUUGGGUCUGAGUGGCUGUGGGACUGGCAGGUGAGAGAGAUUUGUCCUGACUGUGGGCCAGGCAGGAAAACUCUAGCUACAGAUGAUCUGAAAGCAUUGACAAAUGCAGUUUCACAGAGUCUGCCUAUGCAGAAAAAAAGCAAUAUGGUAUUUACAUUAAAAGACUUAAUGAACUCACAGCUUAAAAUAUGAAAUAUCUAAAAAUUAGUUUUUGUUUCUUAGAGGCAAAAAACGACCUGUGUUAAUUUUGCACAUCUUUUUUAAUGGUGUGAAUGUUUUCAUAGGACAUUGUGUUUCUUUAACUAAAUGGUAUUGGCUUUGAAUUGCUUAGAGGAAUUCUUUACAUUGAUAAUGGUGAUAAAAUGAGCUAUCUUUAUAUUAGCAGUUUUCAAAAGCACACAAGUAAAAAUGUAUUACAAUGUUUUGUCACUCCCUAUACUAAGUAUGAAUGUUGGACAAUCUUGUGAUUACCCGUAUCUCAGCAUUUUAGGCUAAACUUGACUGGAUUUCUAGUAAGAUGGCUAAGAUUCUUUCUACAAGGGUGUUUUCUGAGCAAAAGAAAGGGAGGGAUGGAGGGAUGGGUGAAGGGAAGGAGGGAGUUUGACUUAACAAUAUUACAUUUUUUUUAGUCAGUUGAUUUCAGAUUAUUUACCUCAUCGUAUAUCUGAAUGUUGAUUGGAUGUGAAAAAAAGCCCAGUGGAAAUUUUGACAUUGCCAGAAAGCUUCUCAAGCAUUUACUAGAAAUGUUGGACAUUUUGCAAAUGGUUAUUCAUGAGUGUUCUAGACAGAUUCUGGGUGUUACUUCAGGAUAGCCUUUCCUUCCUUUAGUUCAGUGGUUUCUCAAUCUGUGGGUUGUGACCACUUUGAGUCAUCCAAGGGUCAUCUAAGACCAUUGGAAAACACACAAAUAUUUACAUUAUGAUUCAUAACAGUAGCAAAAUUAGUUAUGAAUUAGCAAUGAAAAUAAUUGUAUGGUUGGAAUUCAGCACAACAUAAGGAACUGUAUUAAAUGGGGUGCAGCAUUAGGAAGGUUGAGAAUGAUUACUUUAGGAAGUAAUAUAUUAUAAUAAUUCAAUUAAUUUCAGUUGGUAUGUCUCCCAAAGAAAUGAGGUUAUGUCUGUAAAAUCUUAAGUAGUUUGGAAAACCUAUCCAAAGGAAUUCCUACCUAUCAGCUCCAUAAACCAUAUUUCAUAAAACACAUAAUCCUGUGAUAACAAAAAAUGGAGUUUCUGGUAAGAAAAGUUUUGAUACUUUUAAUGACAUUAUACCUUGUAAUUAUGAAUCCAUUAUGAAUUGUGAAUCCAUUAAAAGCUUUACAGGCAGGGUUAGGGAUUUAGCUCUGUGGUAGAGUGCUUGCCUAGCAAGCACAAGGGCCUGGGUUCGGUCCUCAGCUCCAGGGGAAAAAAAGCUUUGCAGGCUUAUUAGGAAAUAGAUAUACUAUGUCUACAGAAAAUUUAUAAGCAUACCAUUAGCCCUUUAUUUUAUAUAUGAGAAAAGGAAAGAAAGAGGGACUAGCCAGCUGCUAGAAAUAGAAAAAAAGCCUGCAUAUUUCAGUUUUUAACCUAUUUUUAAUGUGUACUUGCAGUUAAUUUUCUUCUAGUCUGGCCAAGAAUUGACAUGUAACUCACAAUAGCUACAGGCCCCAGGUUCCAAAGUAAACAAAUUUAGGACAUGGGAAAUAUAAACUGCCAAAAGCCAUUCAACUCCAAUGCAUGGAAGAGAACAUGGCACAGACAAGUAUCAAAUGUAGAUCUGAAGGCAUUGUUCAGUAUUCAUUUCUAUUACGUGCUGUAUACAAUGGUCAUUCUAAAUAAAGGCAAGUAGAAGCAUACUUGGUUAGGAAGACAGUUUUAAAGUAUGUGAUACAAAGGUUUUUUUAAUUGUGUAUGGGGCUCACCAUCAUCAUCACUUAACAUCACACACCUUUCAGAUUUUCUUGCAGUGUAUUUCUAUGGAUCAUUUCCUCCCUGUAUGCCUUUCUCCACGAUAUAUUACAUAAUUGCCUAUAUAAUAUGAAAAAAUACUCAAAUAGUCAUGGGCUUUAUUUAAAAUACCUAAAAAAUGGAUACUUCAAGCCAAUAUAGCCAUCCUAAGGGAAGUGACAAAAUAUGAAUAAAUUUAAAAAGGGGUAGAAGGGGCUAAUCUGAAAUUGAAAUGAAAAUGAAAUAUUAGGAGGAAACUUGGGGAGAACAAGAUUCAUGUAUAUCCAUUUUUAUUUCCGUUCUGCCCCAUGCAGUAUUAACAGUGGUAUCACCACAAAUCCUAAGCACAUAAUUUCAAGAACAGUGUUGUGGCUACUGGGGAAAAGGAUGAUGUUGCCAGAUACAGAAUGGAGAUAGACCUAAAAAUGGGCCUUUUUUUAGAUUGAAAAGAACACCCACAAAGGAACAAGUAAACAGGGAGCUGCUCACCCUGGGCAGAAGCAAACCUAUUGUCAGGAAAGGCAUGGAGGGGCAAACAGAGUACUCUUCAGAUACACAAAUGCAUGGAAGGCCUCUGAAGUGCCAUGAUGACAGGGUUUCCCACAACAAGUGAGAACAUACAAUGCUAACAGUGCUUACACAAAACUGCACAUCAAAGGUGUGUCUUCUCUCCCUCACUUAUAACAGCAAGCUUCUUUUCUGACUGUAAACUAACAGGAGUGUUACCAUUUUUUUUGUUCUCAUUAUGGUCAGUAGCACUCUUCAUGUAAAGAGUUUCAACUUAGGAAAUCCAGUCCUCAGAUGGUGGGAAUGUAUAUGGGAAUAGCAUGACAAAGACUUGCCCAAUAUAAUUGUCUCACAGUACAUACACUUUAAUUUUUAAAUUAUUAUAAGUGCUCUUCAUUAGUUCUGUUCACAUUGUGGUAAAAACAUAUUUGUAAAUACAUAUUUCAUUCUACCAAUAAAUCAUUUCAGAAGAAAAAACCAUGAUAAAAUCUCUGCUACAAAGAGGAUUGAGAACUAACAUCAUCAAUGCUAAUGAGCAAAGUUAUUUUUUUCUGUAACUUUGUUAUUGGUGAACAUUUCAAUCUUUUUUCUUUUUCUUUCCUUUGUAUUUCUCAUUUCUUCCCUUCCUUCCCCCCACCACAGUCUCUAUCUCUAGCUUUCUUGUUUUCUAUUUUAUGUUCUUUUUCUAUUUUUAUAUUGCCUUAUAAUCCUGGCUAUUUUAGAAUUUAUGUGUAGAACAAGAUGCCUUUGAACUUGUGGCAAUCCUGCCUCUGCCAACUGAAUGCCUGGAUUAUAGGUGUAUGCCACCAUAACUGAUGGAAAGUCUAGUUUCUAUAAGAUAGUGUAUUACACAAUAAAAAAAUAUUCAACUAAGAACAAAUAAAGUGACUAACAGGAAAAAUUACCAAGGGAAGAAAGUCAGAUGAAUUUGGAAACAUCAAGUUGGACUGACGGUCUUUUCCACAGGUUUCUUACCACCAGGGCUAUAAAAUCUGAAUAACCUAGUAAUAGAAGGAGCAUGGAUCUUAUUGUACAAACUUUGAUAGUUAAUGAAGCUUCCACAUUUCUAAUAGGAACUGAAUGUGCAGCCAGAGGUGUUCAAAUGGUAAUAUCUGAAGGACAUCUAGGGAUCCUUUUACAUGUAUUGUUCCUUUCAUGUUGUUUAGAACUCCUACUAUUUAGUCACAUUGUUUUUGCUUACAUCAACUUUCUUUAUAUAUAUAUUCCUUGAAGUUCAUAUAUAUAUAUAUAUAGUGUUAUAUGUCUUAUGUCAUAUAUAUAUAUUCUUGAAGUACAAAGUAAGCUGUUACUUCAGCUUGCUGUUUAGGUGUCCAUUAACUUAUCAAACUCAUUCCUUGAAUACUAAAAUGUGUCAAGAAAUACCUUAGAUAUUGUGGAGGUAGCUAUGAUAUGAGAUAAUAUUUGGGGCUAGACAGGUGGCCUGGUGGUUAAGAGCAUUUACUGCUUUUAUAGUGAAGCUGGGUUCAGUUUCCACACUGACGUGAUGGCUCACAACUGAUUGCUACUGUAGUUCCAGGAGAUUUGGGGGUCUAAUGUCCUCUUCUGUCCUCCAAGGAUACCAGGAAUAUACAUCUGUACAUACAGAGUUGCAGACAAAAACACCCCCAUGUGCAUAAAAUAAAAACGUAGAAAUCUUUUCUCUUUAAUUUUUACAGAGAAAAACAAAGGUUUGCACCUCCAUUACGCUUAUGUCUUUAAAGAAAGAAAUAGAUGAUGAACAAGUCAGUAAAAGUGUAGACAGAGAAGAAAGCACUGGAGGACAGAGGUGCAGGGGAGGAGGAGGGAGUGCCAGGAAUAAGGAGUGGGAGGAGGUGCUUUCUCCAGUGCCAUUAUCCACGAUGAUUCAUGAGGGAGAAAAGUGAGCAAUAACCAAUGGCCACAGACAGACAGACUGUCUGAUAGCCCAGUGCCUUUCUGUGCCUGUUCCUGAAGUUGUGACACAUGCAUUGGCAACAUUAGUAUCCUUCAAGAGUUUGUGUUAAGAGCAGGUUCUUGGGCCUGAUGUCGCACAGGCAGGAGUGUGCUUUCUGACGGAGUCCCUGGGAGUUCACAUGCGUUAGGUUAUUGAAAAGCAUGACCAGGAGGGACAAUGAACUUUCAGAGAUAUGGACACUUCUAGGAGUGACACAUCACAAUAAAAGAUCCUGGCUAUACAGGGAGAGUGAGAGGGCUUCAGACAAACAUGCAGAGCCUCGAGGCCAUGGCCAAUUUUACAUGUCAUCAUUUUACCCUGGACCAUACAGAACUUGCUUUGGUUUACAUUCCUUUUCCCAGCCUGCCCCCUGGUACUUCUAUGGAAGCAGAAAAGAAAAAAAUUAAGACAUAUUAUAAUUUCCUCACUUUAACUAAGUCUCGCUACCACAGCCACUAAUGUUUCUAACCUAACAUUAAUCUGCUAUAUCUUCUUCCCAAAUAAUGCUUAAUGUUAACAGCCACACAUUCUCAUUGUAAAAGUAAGUUGUCCAAUGUUCUGUAACUGAGCUUCUAUUUUGCCAUUAAAUCUAUGCACCUGCA